UUCUUAGUUACAAACUUAACAAUUUCCAUUGUCACCUUUUUUCAGCUGUUUGCUUGCAGAAACAGACCUUUGAGCAUUGUUGCUGCGUUUAACUACUUGUUUUAGAAAAAGAAAAAGAAUGACUUGUUCAUCUGAAAAAGCAUUAGCGAAGAAAGAUAGAAACUCAGUAGCUAUUAUUUUCAGAUAUGCUGAUGGAAUAGACAUUUUAUUGAUGUGUUUGGGCACUAUUGGAGCCAUUGGAGAUGGCAUAUCAACAAACUGUUUGCUGGUAUAUGUUAGCCAUCUUUUUAAUAGCUUGGGUUAUGGUAAGACUCAACAGAACAAUGAGAUUUUCAUGGAAGAAAUUGAAAAGUGCAGCUUGUAUUUUGUAUUAUUGGGAUUGGCAGUCAUGGUUGUGGCCUUUAUGGAAGGUUACUGCUGGAGUAAAACAAGUGAGAGGCAAGUGCUAAAAAUUCGGUACAAGUAUUUGGAAGCUAUUCUUAGGCAAGAAGUUGGUUUCUUUGAUUCUCAAGAAGCUACCACAUCGGAGAUCACUAAUAGCAUUUCGAAAGACACUUGUCUCAUACAAGAAGUUCUUAGUGAAAAGGUACCCCUAUUUCUUAUGCAUACAACAGUUUUCAUGUCAGGAAUUGCAUUUUCAGCCUACUUCUCGUGGAGGUUGGCUUUAGUUGCUUUACCAACACUUAUUCUCCUCAUAAUCCCAGGUUUGAUCUAUGGGAAAUAUCUACUCCAUUUGUCCGAAAAGUCGUUCAAGGAAUAUGGCAAAGCAAAUGCUAUUGUAUGGCAGGCUCUUAGCUCCAUUAAGACCAUAUAUUCAUUUACUGCUGAGAAGAGCGUGAUUGAAAGGUAUUCUUCGAUUCUUGAUCGAACAAUAAUUUUGGGAAUGAAGCAAGGAAUUUCAAAAGGUCUUGCUGUUGGAAGCACUGGGCUUUCCUUUGCUAUAUGGGCUUUACUAGCAUGGUAUGGGAGCCAUUUGAUUAUGCACAAAGGAGAAAGUGGUGGCAGAAUUUAUGCAGCUGGAGUUUCUUUUGUCUUGGGUGGACUAUCACUUGGGAUGGCACUGCCUGAAGUGAAAUACUUCACAGAAGCUUCAGUUGCUGCCUCAAGAAUAUUUGCUAGGAUUGAUCGCGUUCCAGAAAUUGAUGGCGAAGACACAAGGGGACUCGUGCUAGAAAAGAUUAGAGGAGAAGUUGAAUUCAAGAAUGUAAACUUCACAUAUCCUUGUCGGCCAGAUAGCGUUGUGCUCAAGGAAUUCAAUCUUAAAAUUGAAGCAGGAAAAACAGUGGCCCUUGUUGGAGCAAGUGGUAGUGGAAAAUCCACUGCCAUUGCCUUGAUUCAAAGGUUUUAUGAUCCUAACGUUGGAGGUAUAUGUAUUGAUGGUGUAGAUAUAAAGUCAUUGCAGUUGAAAUGGUUGAGAGGGCAGAUGGGGUUAGUAAGUCAAGAACAUGCAUUGUUUGGAACAUCUAUUAAGAAGAAUAUUAUGUUAGGGAAAAUUGACGCAAGCAUGGAUGAAGUUGUGGCUGCAGCAAUGACUGCGAAUGCUCAUAAUUUCAUCACGCAACUUCCAGAAGGAUAUGAGACCAAGAUUGGUGAAAGAGGAGCAUUUUUAUCAGGUGGGCAAAAGCAGCGAAUUGCAAUUGCUAGAGCCAUCAUAAAGAAUCCUGUGAUUCUUCUCCUUGAUGAAGCCACAAGUGCACUUGAUUCUGAAUCAGAAACUCUUGUUCAGAAUGCCCUAGAUCAAGCCUCAAUUGGAAGAACUACACUGGUUGUUGCCCACAAGUUAUCAACAGUUAGAAAUGCAGACCUCAUUGCAGUAGUGAGUAGUGGUUGCAUCACUGAAUUAGGGUCACACAAUGAGCUUAUCGAGAAAGAUGGACACUAUGGAGGAAUGGCAAAACUUCAAAGACAAUUUAGCUUUGUUGAUCAAGAACAAAGAGCCAACUCUCUUAUUUCUUCAGUAGGAAGAAGCAGUGCAGGAAGACAAAGCUCAAUUAUUAGAUCAAGUCCGACUGUAUUCGCCUCACCUUUACUCAUCGAAGACAGCUCCCAAGCUUCACCUCAUCCUCCCCCUUCCUUCUCUCGACUCCUUUUACUAAACUUACCUGAAUGGAAGCAAGGAAUAAUUGGAAGCUUAUCUGCCAUUGCAUUUGGUUCAGUGCAGCCUGUAUAUGCACUAACCAUAGGUGGCAUGAUUUCAGCAUUUUACUCACCAACUCACGAGGAAAUGCAAUCUAGAAUUCAGAAAUACUGUUUGAUAUUCAGUAUCCUUUGCCUUGUUUCAUUUGUUCUCAAUCUAUGCCAACAUUACAAUUUUGCUUACAUGGGAGAACGCCUGACAAGAAGAAUAAGAAUGCAAAUGCUUGAGAAAAUCUUGACGUUUGAAGCAGCGUGGUUUGACGAGGAACAGAAUUCAAGUGGAGCCUUAUGCUCUAGAUUGAGCAAUGAAGCAGCUAUGGUUAAAUCCCUUGUUGCUGAUAGAGUGUCACUCUUGGUCCAAAGCACUUCAGCUGUCACUGUUGCCAUGGUAAUGGGGUUAGUUGUGGCUUGGAAGCUUGCACUAGUUAUGAUUGCUGUCCAACCUCUAACAAUUCUAUGCUUUUACACGCGAAAAGUGUUGCUAUCCACCAUCACAGCAAAAUUCGUCAAGGCACAAUAUCAAAGCACUCAAACUGCUGUGGAGGCUGUUUAUAAUCAUAGGAUUGUGACCUCGUUUGGGAGCAUAAAUAAGGUCCUUGAAAUCUUUGAUGAGGCACAGGAUGAGCCAAGGAAGGAGGCUAGGAAGAAAUCGUGGUUAGCUGGUAUUGGUAUAGGAUCAGCACAAGGCCUAACUUUCAUUUGUUGGGCCCUCGAUUUUUGGUAUGGCGGAAAGCUAGUUAAUGCUGGGGAAAUAUCAGCUGCUGAUGUUUUCAAGACUUUCUUUAUAUUAGUCAGCACUGGUAAGGUAGUAGCUGAAGCUGGAAGCAUGACCUCUGAUCUGGCCAAGGGAUCAGCAGCAGUUGCUUCUAUAUUUGCCAUUCUUGAUCGAAACUCACUCAUCCAAGGAUCGUAUGAUGCGAAGAAUAACAGUAGCGGAACCAACUUGGAGAAGAUGACCGGUGGGAUAGAGAUGAAAAAGGUUGAUUUUGCAUAUCCAAGCCGGCCUAAUAGCCUAGUGUUGCGCGAAUUCAGCCUGGAAGUGAAAGCAGGAACUAGCAUUGGACUUGUUGGAAAGAGUGGCUGCGGAAAAUCAACAGUGAUUGCCUUGAUUCAAAGAUUUUACGAUGCAGACAGGGGAUCACUGAAAAUUGAUGGUAUGGACAUUCGAUUACUCGAUAUAGGAUGGUAUAGAAGGCAAAUGGCGCUUGUGAGCCAAGAACCAGUGAUAUAUUCAGGCACCAUCCAUGAAAACAUUUUGUUUGGCAAACUUGAUGCAUCAGAAAAUGAGGUGGUUGAAGCUGCCAGAGUUGCUAAUGCUCAUGAAUUUAUUUCGUCACUGGAUAAUGGAUACGAUACGGAAUGUGGGGAGAGAGGUGUGCAGCUAUCAGGAGGGCAAAAGCAAAGAAUUGCAAUUGCCAGGGCCAUAAUACGGAACCCAACCAUACUACUUUUAGACGAAGCGACGAGUGCUCUGGAUGUUCAGUCGGAGCAAGUUGUGCAGGAAGCAUUAGAUCGACUAAUGGUUGGAAGAACGACAGUGGUUGUGGCACACAGGCUUAAUACCAUCAGGAAUUUAGACUCCAUUGUAUUUGUUUAUGAAGGGAAGGUGGUGGAGAAAGGAACCUAUUCUCAGUUAAAGGAUAAGCGAGGCGCAUUUUUCAAUCUUGUCAAACUUCAAUCCACAUAAUGUGAAAGAGUGAAUGUAUUUACGUAUGUAAAUUCUAAAUUUUGGGCAUGUUGAUAACUUGUGCAGUCUCA